GGCGCUGCCCUCCCUCGGGGGGGGGCGGUGGGGUUCCCGGUGGCGGCUCUGACAGCGGAGCGGUCCCAGCGGGCGGCGGAGGCAGCACCGACCCCCCCCCCCCCGGCCCGGCCAUGUCGGAGCCCGGCGCCCCCGCGGCCGGUGACAAAACGCCCAGGCUCCAGGACCGUGUCCUGGGUGGGGUGCGCUGGGGCCGUCUCCUGGAGCCCCUGGGCUUCAUCAAGGUGCUGGAAUGGCUCUUCGCCAUCUUCGCCUUCGGGGCCUGCGGCUCCUUCAGCGGCGAGACCGGCGCGACGGUGAAAUGCAGCAGUGAAACCAAAGAGAUGAGCGCCAUUUCCGUCCAGUUCGGGUACCCCUUCAGGUUAUACCAGAUCCCCUUCGAGAUGCCGGACUGCAAGGAGGAGUCGAAGACCCAAACCCUGCACCUCGUCGGCGAUUUCUCCGCUCCCGCCGAAUUUUUUGUGACCCUGGGGGUCUUCUCCUUCCUCUAUGCCAUGGCGGCUCUGGUGCUUUACCUGCGCUUUCAUUCCCUCUACGGCGAAAACAAGAGGCUCCCCUUCGCGGAUUUCUGUGUCACCGUCUGCUUCGCCUUCUUCUGGCUGGUGGCGGCGGCGGCGUGGGGCAAGGGGCUCACCGACGUCAAGGCGGCCACGCGGCCCGCCAGCCUCAUCGCCGCCAUGGGGGUCUGCCAGGAGGCGGUCUGCAACGCCGGCGCCACGCCGGCCAUGGGGCUGGCCAACAUCUCGGUGCUCUUCGGCUUCAUCAACUUCGUGCUGUGGGCCGGGAACUGCUGGUUCGUGCUGAAGGAGACAGCGUGGCAGGCGCAGGCUGCGCCCCGCGACAGCGCCUCCGAGCAGGGUGCCAUCGACAAGCAGUAGCCACCCCGGGGGUCCCCCCCCCCCGCCCCGUCCCCCGGGACCCCGCGCCGGCCGCCGGCCCGGGGACGGGGUGCCGCUGGCCCUGGGGUGCGACCCGCGGGGUGGUAUGGAUGCUGGAGGGGGGAGGGAUGCGUGACCCUGGGUGGGGGGGGGGGGCAUUAACCGCUGCUGUAUAUAGGGGUCUGCACAACCCUGUGCUGUACAGGGGGGGGCUCUGUGCGUAACCCCGGGGUGUCCACGUCUGUACGGGGUGCAUAUAAAAGUCCUGGGUCCCAGCUCUAUAUUGGGGUGCGUAGAACCCCCGGUGUCUGGCUCUAUAUAGGGGGAAUAUACAACUCCUGGAUGUCCUGCUCCGUAUGAGGAUAUACAUCACACCUGGGUGUCCGGCUCUCUAUAGGGAUAUAUAUAAGUCCCAGGGGCUCAGUUCCAUAUAGGGGCUAUAUAUAACUCCCAGGUGUUUUGCUCUGCAUAGGGGUAACUCCUGGUGUCCUGCUCUCCAUAAUAUAUAGAUGACAUCCAAUGUCCAAAGGAGGAUAUAUAGGCCCUGGGUGCCCUGCUCUCUGUAGGGGAUGUAUAUUAAAACCUGAAUGUCUA